CACCAUUUUGUAAAAUAUUAUUAAAAAGAAACCGGAUUGUAAUAUAACUAAAAAAAAAUUACAUUUUCACCGAUUACUCGUAUAAUACUGAUUAUGAUCCAUCCAUAUUUUAUUAGCAUUCAUUUUCCCUUUCAUUUAUUCCCAUUCCGAGUUUAUUAAACAAGCCAUAAAAUGGUUUCCGAUCUCUCUCCCCCACUCCAAUCCUCUGGUUUCUCGAUCUCUCUCACUCCAUUUGAGUUUUUUCGAGUUAUAUCGCUCUCCCAGUCUCUGACUCCAUAGAUACUGUAUGAGUUUUUCAUUUUUCCGAUCUGUCUAAUUUGAGCGUCUGUCAUCUUCCUUUUGCUCUCCUGUUACUCAGUUUGGUUCCCUGGGUUGGAGCAUUAAUUUCAUUCAGGUCGCUGACACAUUGUGGUUGCUCACCAAUUUUUGUAAUCUGAGGCCUGAGUAAUUGGUUUUUUGGUCUUCUACGUUUGACUCUGUUAAAGUUUGAUAUCUGGGAAUUUGGGUUCUCAGGAUGGUGAAGCUAACAAUGAUUGCUCGGGUCACUGACGGUCUUCCACUGGCAGAGGGACUCGAUGAUGGCCGUGAUAUUAGAGAUGUUGAAUUUUACAAACAGCAAGUCAAAGCUUUGUUUAAGAACCUCUCAAGAGGCCAAAAUGAGCCGUCAAGGAUGUCAGUUGAAACUGGGCCUUACAUCUUCCACUAUAUAAUAGAAGGGCGUGUCUGUUACUUGACAAUGUGUGACCGUGCCUACCCAAAGAAACUUGCUUUUCAAUACCUUGAAGACCUCAAGAAUGAAUUUGAGCGUGUUAAUGGGGCACAAAUUGAAACUGCUGCCAGACCUUAUGCCUUCAUUAAGUUCGAUACAUUCAUACAGAAAACAAAGAAAUUGUACCAGGACACUCAAACUCAGCGGAAUAUUUCAAAGUUGAAUGAUGAGCUCUAUGAAGUCCACCAAAUAAUGACUCGAAAUGUGCAGGAAGUCCUUGGCGUUGGUGAAAAGUUAGACCAGGUCAGUCAGAUGUCCAGUCGUCUAACAUCAGAAUCACGCAUAUAUGCUGAUAAGGCAAGGGAUCUAAAUCGUCAGGCGUUAAUUCGAAAGUGGGCUCCAGUUGCCAUUGUUCUUGGUGUUGUGUUCCUCCUCUUCUGGGUUAAAAACAAGCUCUGGUGAUCAGGUUGAGUUAUUAUUUUGGAGUAUGAUGUUUUCACUGGGCUAUAUAUAGCGGACUAACUUUUGCGUUGUCCAAACGUUAUGAUUGGGAAUUUAGAUUUGGUGCCACAGGCUCAUGAAUGAUUACGUGUUGUUACAAGUUCAUCUUAAUUGAUGGUUGAGGUUGUGAACUUGUAACUGAGUGCGGAGAGGAGACCCUUGUUAUCAGAUUAACUAGUAAAUUACAGUAUUGUAAGUGAAUAGAAUUUUCAUUUUUGGUACAUUGUAUCUGUCAUUCAUUCAGUUUCAAUUUUAAUAGAACGGCAUUUGAGGAAUA